AUGUCGUCCCAGCAAGUCCUCGUCCAGGUUAUCUAUCCCACGUCCGCUGCUCCUACUUUCAAUAUGGAGUACUAUCUCAACAACCAUAUUCCACUUGUCAAGAAGCGUUGGGGACCACAAGGCCUGCAAAGCUGCAUUGUGACCACCGGAGUCAAGGAUGCAGGGUACCACGUACAGGCCAUAAUGGUUUGGAAGGACCAGGCAUCAUUUGAGAACGUGACAGGAUUGGAGGAAGUGAGGGAAGACGUCAAGAACUUUACCGAUGUGGCACCGUAUCGAUGGGUUGGCCAUGUAGCUUAUCAGGAAGUGUUGAAAGAGUGA